AUUGUUGCAGAAGAAGAAAGUUUGUUUCCAUGAUUAAUGGGGCUCAUUCAGGGUCUGACAGCUGUGCUCUUCCUCCUUUUUGGUCUUUGUACUGGGCAGAGGAUGGUAACUAUUCAGAAGGGCCAUCUUUAUCGAGCAAGGGGCUACCAUAUCACCAUCUGGUGCAAUGUCAGUGGCUAUUCGGGGCCAUCGGAGCAAACCUUCCAGUGGUCUAUGUAUCGGCCAUCUGCACCAGCGGUGGGAAUGCAGAUAAUCAGCACUAGUGACGACGAUUUCCCUUAUGCUUACUUUGCCCAACGUGUCAAGACAGGAGAAAUCUAUGUAGAGAGAAUCCAGGGGGAUUCUGUCCUGCUUCACAUCACUAAACUUCAGGAUCAGGAUGCUGGCGAGUAUGAAUGUCACACACCCAGCACAGACAGCAGGUACUUUGGAAACUACAGUGCCAAAGCAAGUCUGUCAGUAAUCCCAGACACAUUGUCUGCUAACAUGAAACAGCAGAAUCUCAUCCAAGAUGAAGGAGAUUCAUUAGAACUCAUCUGUGAAGUGUCAACAGCAACAAUCCAACACACACACAUUUCUGUUGCCUGGCACCUUGUUCAAGAAGAUGGAAAAGACCAGGAAAUACUUUCCCUGUCCAGAGAUUUUGUCUUGAUUGCAGGAUCUUCCUAUAAGCAGAGGGUUUCUUCAAGAGACAUCAGGCUAGACAAAAUUGGGGACACGAAGUAUAAAUUGUCCAUUGUUAAGGUACUGCCUUUGGACCAGGGAAAAGUGUAUUGUGAAGCAGUUGAGUGGAUUCAAGAUCCUGAUGAAACUUGGAAAGAUAUUGCCUGGAAACAGACAGACAAGACUUAUUUGACUGUCCAGGGCCUUGGUGAGUUGCCUGUGGUUCGUAUGUUGUUCAUAGAAAGUCAGUUGAAAUUGAUUCUGUGGGUCAAUGAAGAACGAAUAAUGGAAGGAGAAGUUUUGACUUUCCGCUGUAACGCAAGUGGGACUGAAAAUUCUCUGUCGGUGAAAUGGUGGUAUACCUCAAAGAACAACAACCCUUCAGUGCUCAUAGCCAAUAUGGAUCAAGGUGGUAUGUUAAAGAUAGGAACUUCAUACUUGGAGCGCAGUGCUCGUGGUGACCUCAGAUUACAAAAGGUAGACUCUUCUACUUUUAUCUUGACCAUCUACAACACUUCAGCUACAGAUGAUUCAGGGCUUUAUGGUUGUCAAGUGACAGAGUGGUUCAAAGGAAGAAGCUGGGAAACCAUUCAGGAAAUAUCAGCCAUUGUUGAAUCACUGGGAACGAAUUUGAAAGCUGUACUGAUCAGCAGGAUUGCAAAUGUAAAGAUGCAUGAAGAUUUUGAACUGCACUGUCAGGGGUCAGUUAACCACAGCAUCAGUAGAGUGCCAACAUCUAUAAUUUGGCAAUUCCGUCCAACCUUGUCCCCAACAGAUUAUCAGCAAGUGGUGAAAAUCUCUGCAGGUGGCCUAAUUGAAUGGGGAUCAGCCUUUCUGCACUUUCAGAAGAAAACCAAGGUUACCAAAUCCCAAUCUUUAUCCAAACUUCUAAUUCACAGUGCUACAUGGCAAGAUGCAGGAACAUAUAAAUGUGAAGUGGAAGUCUGGAGAAAUUCUCAGCAAGCCAGAGAUAUUGGUAUAGCAGCAGCUGCAGUGAAAUCUUCCAAUCCUGUUGAAAUAAAAAUCAGCCAACCAGAAAGCAAGCUAAGAGUCAGCCCGGACACUAAACGACUGGAAAUCUCUUCAAAUAAUGCUACAGAAAUUAAAUGCGAAAUCAUCUCAUUGAGCAAAGAGACUCACUUAGGAGUAUCUUGGUACUUUCAGCCAUUGUCUCCCACGGAUGCAGUCCCACUGCUCAUUUUAGUAACCAAUUACAGUAACAUAGUGGAAUAUGGCGAAGCUUUCAGUUCCCCUAAGAAGAAAUCCACAUUCCAUAGUGAGAAGGUUUCCAGUCAAUUGUAUCAGCUGUCUAUUUCAUCAGGGGAUUACGAUGUCAGUGGCACAUAUUACUGUGUUGUAGAGGAAUGGGACUGGUCAGUGAACAGUGGCUGGUACAACCUUGGAAAGAUGGAAUCUGGAAGAACUAUUUUAAAUUUCAAGCUUUUAGAAAAGGAACUACACAUUGAGAAGACAAAUCACAGCAACACUGUCACUGAAAAUGAAGAUGUGAUCCUGAGAUGUCUCCUCCAGAGCCAAAUAAGCCCCAAUUCUCGCUUCUCCGUCAGUUGGUUCAAAUUCUCAAUCAAUUCCAGUGCAGAAACCCUGCUACAAAUCAAAGUCAAUGGCAUCAUUGAAUAUGGAAAUGGAAAGAUAGCAAGGCGGUUGCGCCCCCACUCGCCCUCUACUGGUGACUUUCAUCUGACGAUACAGGAUGUGGAGGCAGGUGAUUCUGGCCUGUUCUACUGCCAAGUGGAAGAAUGGUCAGUCAACUGCAACACUGCACAGGUCCAACAAGCCUCAGUUCCAACUGAUUCUACAGAGAUCUGUUCUUCUGCAUUACUGUUCGAUUUCCUUUUGUUCUACCCUCUGGUAAUGUUCCUUAUUUUGAUGACUGCUAUUCUCUUCUUGUGCUUCAAAAUCAAAUUCAUCCUUCAGAAACAACGGAAUCCAAAGACAAAACAAGAAUUCUGGGCGGAGACUGGGCUAGUGGAACCUGCUCACCUGCAGGUCAGUGGCAAAAGGAGUAAUAACAUAGGAGGGGAAGAGACUAGUAGUCUCGAGGUCAGUGUGGGGGACUAA